AUGAAUCAACUGAUUGCUAAACGUUUGCUUUUUUCUUCUUGCGCUGUCUUAUGUGGCAAGGUGACAGUAUCUUUUGGUGAUGACUAUGGAGUGGCCAGUGAAGAGAAAGAUCUCGAUGGUGGUCCUUUGUCUGAGUCAACAAAAUCGGCGGUGCAAACGGAAAAACCGCAGUCCCCUAAUACUCAAGGAGAAACGGCGCCUGCAAGUCAGACGGAUAAGGUUUCUGAAAUGGUUGAUCUCCUCAUUGAAAGAAGUAAAAAACAGCUGCCGGUAGAAGAACAGCCAGCUAUCUCUCUCCCUUGGCAGGAGGUAUUACCCGACAGCAACAAUGCACAGCAGGAGUGCGCCGAAGAUGACCAAGAGGAUGAAUAUCUUGAUUAG